CGGGCACGUGGCGGUGCUGGUGAAGCGGUGCAAGCUGGUGCUGUUCGGUGGGCUGCGGGACAAGGACUUCCUGGACGAUGUCAUCGUGCUCGACACAGUGACGAACGAGUGGACUCGCCCCGUGCAGGCGGGGCACGGCGACCAAGCAGGCAAGGGCGGCACAGCGGAGGAGGCAGCUGGGCAGGGAGAUGGUGCCGGUGGGGGGGCAGGAGAGGGGGGGGAAGGGGAGGAGCUGAGGGGAGGUGAGGAAGAGUGGGAGAGCAGGGUGCGGCCGUGUGCACGGGCGUUCCAUGCAGCUGCUGCCAUCGAGGGCGGCAACAUGUUUGUGUUCGGUGGUCGCUCAGGCAAGAAGAGGCUCAGUGAUUUUUGGAUGCUAGACACAGACACAUGGCAGUGGGCGCAGCUGCCGUGUGGCGGCACCCCUCCCUGCGCGCGUGACUUUGCAUCGCUCGUUGCCUUUGGCUCCUCGCGCCUCAUACUCCAUGGGGGUUGGGAUGGCACGCGCUUCCUCAACGACACCUACAUCCUCGACACCAUGUCGUUGGAGUGGCAGCAGGUGCUGGUGGCGCUGCCGGCUAGCGUGCCCCCCCCGCGCUGUGGCCACACAGCCUCCGUCUUCAACAACCGCCUCCUCAUCUUCGCCGGCCGCGGCACAGGAGGGUCGAUGCUGAAUGACUUAUGGACGCUCAAAGGAAUCGACGCACCCAUCGCCCCUCAACCACAGAUGCCAGGUACGGACACCAUCCAAGGCCACUGGACGCAGCUGAAGCUUCCCGGCAACGUCCCCACUCCCAGAUGUGGCCACAGCGGCACGCUCACUCGCACACAGAUGCUGGUGUUUGGCGGUCACUGCCAGGCGGGCUGGCUCACGCGCACCGACACCUAUGCCAAUGACAUCGCUUUCAUCGACAGAGCCACGGUGCACUGGAAGCAGCUGGCCGCAGCAGGCGGCCCCCCACCGCCAAGGGCAUAUCACACCGUCACAGCUGUCGGCUCGCGGUUCGUUUGUGUGGGGGGGUUUGACGGCAAGACCACGUUCGAGGAUGUGUGGUGGCUCGUGCCUGCAGACGACCCGUGGGCAGUGAGGGACGAGCAGCUGUGCUCCAAGCGCGUGGCACUGGAAGCAGCCAUCCGCCAGGCAUCAGCUGUCGCAGGCGGCAUGGGGUCGCCGUCGCCCGCGCCCACCCCAUCCACUGCCCCCUCCGCCGUGCCCGCACCCACGUUCGGCCUGCUGCCGUCUUCCGCAGCGGCGGCAGCGGCAGCGUCCGCAGCGGCGUCGGCGGCGCGGCGGUUCAACGACAGCCUGGUGGCGCAGAUCCUCGCACCCGCCGCCUCCGCUGCUGCCGCCGCCGCCACCGUGGUGGCGGACGCUGCUGGCGCCGUGGGCGCUGAACUCAACAAGGCCGCCGAGGAGGUUCGGCAUGGGGGAAGGGGGGGGCAUGGCGGUUGGGUUCCAGGGCUAUGCAUGGCUGCGUGCACGUGGACCAUGCAGGAGGGAGUGGGGGGAAGGGGAUGGAUAGGGGUGCGCGAGCUACUGCACCAGCUGGCGGAUCUGCAUCGCAGGGCGGGCCUCAAGGCGCCCUCGCUCGCCUCCUCCGCCGCACCCCACCCGCCCACGUCGUCCGUGGCCGUGGUCCCCCUGGCGGGCCCGGCCGUGGACGAUGCUGCGCUGGUGGCCCUGGGCAGGCGCGUCGUGGCGCUGGCGGGACAAGGGCACGGUGGGGAGCACACGGGCAGUGUGGGAGGGCGUGAUGAUGGGGAGGGCACGCAGGGGCCUGGGGCAGGGGGGCUGGUGGGGAUGGGUGGGGAUGAUGUGGCAGGAGGGGCAGUGGUGGGAGAGAGCGAAGGGGCAAGGGAGCAAGGAAGCGAGGAGAACGUGGGGAGAGCAGGAGGAGUGGGUCGAGGGGAGGCAGAGGGCACAGGGCGUGCAGGCAGCAGCAAGGUGAGUGCGGGUACCGUGGGAGCCAUGCUGUCACUCUCACCCACAUCUCAUGCUGCACUGCCCACACACCCUCAACCCUCCCAGCAAUGGGCAGUACGCUGCCCGUUACCAGUUUCCUGGUUCUCCCCCUCUCCCUCACUGACUCCUUCGUUUGUUCAAUGUCACUGUGUCUUGAAGGAGAAAUAG